ACCAACCAGUCGAUUGACCCGAGAGGAAAUGCUUUCUUUUAGGAGCCGCUCGUGAAGAUCAGUGUGGCAAAAAUCGUAUUUUGAGCAUUUACGGGAGGGCCUUUGUUGCCUCAGUUACGUUUUGGGUCUCUCUCAGAAUUAGUUCAAUGGCUUCUUCUCUCACGAUUUCCCAGGCUGCUACAGCAGCAAGCACUGCUGUUACUGCAAAUGCUCGUUUGCAGAAUGCUGCUCCUGCAACUCAAUCACAUGGUCACGUGGUAUUUAGCUUUGGCAAAUUCGCUGGGCUGAGCCUCAGGUCACACGGAAAGGUAGCUUUUGACCCCAAGAGGCGUACGAGAUUGGAUUCAUCAAGAAAAAGUGUUAUCAGGGCUGCUGCUGUGGAGACCUUGGAGACUACUAGUACUGCUCUGGUUGAGAAAUCUGUGAAUACUAUUCGAUUUCUGGCCAUUGAUGCGGUUGAGAAGGCUAAUUCUGGGCACCCUGGAUUGCCCAUGGGGUGUGCUCCCAUGGGUCAUAUUUUGUAUGAUGAGGUUAUGAAGUAUAAUCCAAAGAAUCCUUAUUUUUUCAACAGGGAUCGGUUUGUGCUGUCUGCUGGACAUGGGUGCAUGUUGCAGUAUGCUCUGUUGCAUCUUGCUGGAUUUGACAGCAUUAAGGAAGAGGAUUUGAAGAGCUUCCGUCAGUGGGGAAGCAAAACGCCGGGACAUCCUGAGAAUUUUGAGACCCCUGGUGUGGAAGUUACAACUGGGCCACUUGGUCAAGGAAUUUGCAAUGCAGUCGGAUUGGCUCUUGCUGAAAAACAUCUGGCUGCUAGAUACAAUAAGCCAGACAGUACCAUAGUUGAUCAUUACACAUACUGUAUUGUUGGUGAUGGCUGCCAAAUGGAAGGGAUCUCCAAUGAAGCGUGCUCGUUGGCUGGCCACUGGGGGCUUGGCAAACUAAUUACUUUCUACGACGAUAAUCAUAUCUCCAUAGACGGUGACACAGAGAUUGCAUUUACAGAAGAUGUUGUAACUCGUUUUGAAGGUUUGGGAUGGCACACUAUCUGGGUUAAGAAUGGUAAUACUGGUUAUGAUGAGAUUCGUGCUGCUAUUGAGGAGGCAAAGUCUGUCAAGGACAAACCCACUUUAAUUAAGGUCACUACUACUAUUGGUUUUGGAUCGCCAAAUAAGGCAAACUCUUACAGUGUGCAUGGAAGUGCUUUGGGUGCAAAGGAGGUUGAGGCAACCAGACAGAAUUUGGCUUGGCCUUAUGAGCCUUUCCAUGUUCCUGAGGAUGUUAAGAGCCAUUGGAGUCGGCACAUCGAGAAGGGUGCAGCUGUGGAAGCAGAGUGGACAGCUAAACUUGCAGGAUAUGAGAAGAAAUACCCUGAGGAAGCUGCAGAGUUCAACGCACUAAUAACUGGUAAAUUGCCUGAAGGGUGGGAGAAGGCACUCCCGACAUACACCCCAGAGAGCCCCGCGGAUGCUACCAGAAACUUGUCUCAGCAAUGUUUGAAUGCACUUGCAAGGGUUCUUCCUGGAUUCGUAGGUGGAAGUGCAGACCUUGCAUCAUCUAACAUGACUUUGUUAAAAAUGUUUGGGGAUUUCCAGAAGGAUACCCCCGCAGAGCGUAACCUUCGUUUCGGCGUGCGUGAGCAUGGCAUGGGAGGAAUAUGCAAUGGAAUAGCCCACCAUGGAGGUGGCCUCAUUCCUUACUGUGCUACUUUCUUUGUUUUCACGGACUACAUGAGAGCUGCAAUGAGAAUCUCCGCGCUGAGUGAAGCUGGGGUAAUAUAUGUGAUGACCCAUGAUUCUAUUGGUCUUGGAGAAGACGGGCCCACUCAUCAACCAGUAGAACACUUGGCAAGCUUCAGAGCAAUGCCAAACAUCUUAAUGUUCCGUCCAGCUGAUGGAAACGAGACAGCUGGAGCAUACAAGGUUGCUGUACUUAAUAGGAAGAGGCCAUCAGUCCAUGCUCUUUCACGUCAAAAGCUUCCUCAGCUUCCUGGUACCUCGGUAGAGGGAGUUGCGAAGGGAGGCUAUAUUAUCAGCGACAAUUCGUCUGGUAAUAAGCCUGAUGUCAUUCUUAUUGGUACAGGUUCAGAGCUUGAGAUUGCUGAGAAAGCUGGAAUUGCUCUCCGCAACGAAGGAAAAGCUGUUAGAGUUGUGUCCUUCGUCUGCUGGGAAUUAUUCGAGGAGCAAACUCCAGAGUACAAGGAAAGUGUGCUUCCAGCAGCAGUAUCUGCCAGAGUCAGUGUGGAAGCUGGUUCAACCUUUGGGUGGGAGAGGCAUAUAGGUUCCAAGGGAAAGGCUGUGGGGAUUGACACUUUUGGCGCUAGCGCUCCAGCUGGAAUUUUGUACAAGGAGUUUGGCCUCACCGUUGACAAUGUAGUCGCAACAGCUAAACAACUCAUUGCAUAGUUUGUGCGAAAGUUGAAUUUGAGAUCAUAACUUGUGCCAUAGUUGGAUUUCACAUUCCUUUCCUUUUUGUCAGAUUUUUCAGAGGUCGUUGAUAGAGUGGCAACAUGUAAUAAAUAAUUUUCUUUUGCUUAGGCGGAUAAUCGUGUUCUCGCGGUGGGUUUCAGCCGACAGCGGCAUCCUUCCGGAAACAAUGGCAAAUGUUUCUUUCAUAUAAAGAACGCCUAUUUUUAGAAUUAAUUGGGGGAGUAAAAUAUAAAAUUAGAAAAUAAUGAUGAAUUAUAGUAAAUUUAAAGUGUCUUAUAUACAAUUUUAUCAUUUGAAGUUGUUACAGUUAAUACCAAA